AUGAUUCCACUCAGUUCUCUUGGUUUGCUUCCUCUGCUGUCGCUGUAUGUGGGAGCGCUGCUGUCCUCAGAUGCAUCUCCAGCCUGCACGCACCCGCCCUGCAGGGACAGUUUGGUGGCUGCACCCAUCCAGGCUGGGACAGGAGCAGGAGUGGGUACCGGGGCCUGUGAGGGUCAAACUGGGACAACAGCCUGCAGGAUGGGGGUCUCGCUUCCAGCCAUCUCAGAGGUUGCUCGGAGGGUGGAGCACAUGCAGGAUUCCCCCCAGGUUCAGCCGAAGACUGGAGGUGUGAAAGAGCGUCUGGUUCAGCUGCAACGCUGCAUGCGCUCUCUCCAGGAAAAUGGGGGCCCCUGGAGUCACGGAGGCCAGGAGAACAACUCUCUAGGGGCCAUCCUGGCACUAAUGGCAGCUGUACUGACAGAGUGUGACCUCCACUGUCACAGCCAGGCCCUCGGGGCGAUGGCCAAACGUCUGGAGAGUGCAGCCGUGGGAAGAGAGGGGGAGAAAGACCUGCUGCUUUUCCUGAAGAGCAUCACACAACAUCCACCCACAGUUGCCCCGCUGGAGAGGUUACAUCCUCAGGACUGUGCAGAGAUUUACAAGCUCGGGAUCAAAGAGAAUGGAAUCUACACCAUCCAGCCUGACCUGCACAGGCCGGCGUUGGAGGCUAAAUGUGACAUGGAGACGGCGGGUGGUGGGUGGACGGUGAUCCAGAAUCGGCAGGACGGCACGCUGGACUUCAACAGGACAUGGCAGGAAUACCGGGAAGGCUUUGGUGGUCUUCAGGGAGAGCAUUGGCUGGGGAACGCAGCGCUGCACGCCGUCACCUCCUCUGGCCAACACCAGCUCCGCAUCGAGCUGGAGGACUGGCACCAGCAGAAACGCCAUGCUACCUACAACAAUUUCAAAGUGGCCUCAGAGGCACAGAGGUAUCGUCUCACAGCGCGGGAGUACUCUGGUGAUGCAGGAAACGCUUUAAGCUACAGCAAACGUUACAACCACGACGGAAAAUCCUUCAGCACGACUGACCGAGACAAUGACCGCUAUGCAGCUGGAAACUGUGGUCAUUACUACGGUGCAGGCUGGUGGUUCGAUGCCUGCCUGGCAGCUAACCUGAACGGACAGUAUUACCGUGGGCGCUACAGUGGGGUGACCAACGGGAUCUACUGGGGGACAUGGUACAUCCUGACAGACGGACGAACUGGAGAACGCUACUCCUUCAAGAGGGUGGAGAUGAAGACUAGACCCAAAAACUUUGUAGGAACAUCCUAAAUAAUUCUGAUGGUUUUUGCAGAUAAUCACAUCAACCACAGUUUGGUUUUAGUCACUGUGUGCACUCAGUUUAGAGCAGCUUUCAUGUCACAUAUCAGUUACAUGCAGAUGGCAGCUAAUAGUUUAGGGAAAAAAAAUUACAAAUAUAAUAUCUCGACAUCCACAAGCAGAUUGUUUAAUGUUACACUCCAUAUUACAAUAUUCUGAUACAAAGAAAUAGAUACUGAAAAUACUGCUCAUAGUAGUUGUUACUGUAAGUUUCUAAACUCUUUAUUGUACAUUAAAAAUAACAUUCUGUGGUACUUUAAAGUCCUCCUCCAGAAGCA